UGUUUAAUAGGGUUGAGGUCGGGGUCGUUACAGAAAACUAAUUUUAACUACAGACGAUUUUAAUGUGCCAACAUCAUCGUCCUGUUGGAGCUUUCAUCAUUAAAGCCAGUAUUCGUAAGAUCAACCAUGUUUGGAACAGAGAAAAUACAUCAUGCAUUUAAAUAAUAACAACAAUAAGUUUGCCAUGUCACAAUACAGAUACAGUAUCUAAAGUCCAUCACUUUACAUCUCACUGUGGAUCUGAAAAGGUAAUAUUUAAACUUUUAUCUAUGGUUAGUAAAAUGUCACUGAACCUAUUGUGCAUUUCCUGUUAUCUUCCGGGAAAACAAAACUCAGAACCUCCCCGUGCUGGCCUGGCCCCGGAUAAUCGGCUCCAUACGCCGCUCCGCCGUUAGGUGUCGCUGUGCGCGCAGACUCUCGGCCGGGGCCGCGUGUUUGGUCCGAUCGGACCCCAAAAAAACAUACAGCACCGAAGUGUCAGAUAGUCCUGUUAACGCGUGAGAAAAUCUCGACUUGCGGAGAGAGGGGAACUGAGACUGGGAGACGCAGAGAGGGAGAGAGUCCUGGGGAGACAUUCCUUCCUUCCUCUCUCUGGGCUUUUCGCGGGACUCCAGUGGGGAACAGCGGAGAUUACAGCAGCGGCGGCUGGAGGUGGUGGUUGGGGGGCGGAUGCCGAAAAGGAGCGAAGACGCGCGGCGGGAGCACCAGACAUGAGUCCGAGGUGGUGGACUGAAGACUAUGCUGGAUGCCAUGGAAGUUCCAAGUCAUGCUAGGGAUCUCCUCCUGCAGCUCAACAGCCAGCGCACCAAAGGCUUUCUGUGUGAUGUCAUCAUUGUGGUGCAGAAUGCGCUCUUCAGAGCUCACAAGAACAUUCUGGCCGCCAGCAGCCACUACUUGAAGUCCCUGGUGGUCCACGACAAUCUCAUCAACCUUGACCACGAGAUGGUGAGUCCAGCCGUCUUCAGGGUGAUCCUGGACUACAUCUACACCGGGCGCCUCAGUGAGGGAGACCCCACGUCCCCCACUGAACCCAAUCUAGGUGCCGUCUUGGCAGCGGCCAGCUAUCUGCAGCUGCUCGACUUGGUGGCCUUGUGCAAAAAGAAGCUGAGGAGAAUUGGGAAGUACCCUCCCCGUCCCGGUCCCGCAUUUCUACCUUACCCAAAAAUGGUGCCCAGCAGCAUGGGCUUAGGAGGUGGAGGCAGGUAUAGGGUUUCUACUCCUGUGAUUCAGUCCUGUCCUCCAGGGGGGAUUCUUAACACACCCAGGGCGCCCUCGCUGGAUGAGCUGGUCCCCCAUCGAAUAACCAUCCAUAGCGGCGAGCUGUAUGCCCCCACGUCCAACCAGACCUCUCAGGUGUUCCCAUCUCUGCCUGCUCAGCUGGGACGCCCAGGCCACGCCGAGAGGAACUGCUCCCCCAGCUUCGGCCUCGAUCUUUCCAAAAAAAGCCCCACCUCCCAGUCUCAGCACACACCCUCUCAAACCCAUAUGGCAAACAGUCACAGCAAUGAGGAGCGGGAUGGAACUCUAAGUGGAGCCACUAGUCCCAUUCAGGGGGCAAAUGGGAGAGCUUUUAUGUCCGAAAAGAUGGAGUCUGUCGACCAGGCAGGUUCCCUCACCCCUCCACCUUUUCCCCACCUAAAUCAGCCCUUAGCCCCCCACCUGCCUCAUCUACAUCGCUCAGCUUCCCAAGGGACAGACCGCUACCCAUGCCCCGUCAGCCCUGACACCCCGACAGAAGGUGGAGAAGCAGGAAGAGAAAUGGGAAACAUCUACCGCUGGGUGAAACACGAGCCCCUGCCGUACGCUGGGGAAGAUGAAGACGAGGAUGAGGAUGAAGAGGAAGGGGCUGAGAACGGGGACCAGCAUCACAAUCAUCACAAGCCAGGGGAGGAGAGCGAAGGUGUGGACGACAAGAGUGGCUCUGGCACGGAGGAGACGGGCAGCAGCGAGGGCCGUCCGUCCCCUACCGGCCCCAUCGGGAGAUUCCACAUGCCGUACGAGCCUGAAAGCUUCGGGGACAAUUUGUACGUCUGCAUCCCCUGCGAUAAAGGCUUCCCGAGCUCAGAGCAGCUCAACGCACAUGUGGAGACACAUACAGAGGAGGAGCUGUACAGCUCUGUUGGGGAGAUGGGGAACAACAACAACAACAGCGGCACCAAAGGCAUUGGCGGCAACACAAACGGCUACGGAAACCUCAACAGCGGCAAUACUCCAAACAGCAUGUCGCAUCUGGAGACCAAAUCUGACCAGGGCCUGAAUUCGGGAACCAUCGGGGAGAUGAUCAGACCUUACCGCUGUUCCAACUGCGAUAAGUCUUACAAAGAUCCGGCCACGUUGCGCCAACACGAGAAGACGCACUGGCUGACGCGGCCUUACCCCUGCAGCAUCUGCGGCAAGAAAUUCACACAGCGCGGCACCAUGACGCGCCACAUGCGCAGCCACCUGGGCCUCAAGCCUUUCGCCUGCGAUUCAUGUGGGAUGCGCUUCACUCGCCAGUACCGCCUCACUGAGCACAUGCGCAUCCACUCUGGGGAAAAGCCCUACGAAUGUCAGGUGUGCGGGGGGAAGUUUGCCCAGCAGCGCAACCUCAUCAGCCACAUGAAGAUGCACAGCGGUGGGGGGACCGGAGGCGGCCUGACGGCAGACGGGAAGCUAAAGCUGGACUUUGCAGAGGGCAUAUACCCCCUGAGCAAGUACGCAGCGGAGCACCUGGGGCUGAAGCAGGAGAAGGCCAACGAGCUUCUCAUUCAAGCGCAGCAGCAACUGGUGGCAGACGCAAAGGCCAUCGAGUGCCUCUACCCGCUCACCAAGCUUGCGUCGGAGCAUCUGGGCCUCACCCAUGAAAAGAUGGACAUCAUGGGCCAACCACUUCCUCCUCCUCCCCAGCCAAUCUCUGACAGCCGAACCAUCGACCGCUACUCGCCCAGCUAAGACAUUUGAUAUGUGAAGGUGGCAAUCACAGACAGGUCUGCGCGCACUCACAGUUUGCAGUAUUUGAAAGCCAUUCACCUCAACUCCAUAUCUUCCUCUGCACCUCAGACUCAGGCCCGAGUGGAACUGGGUCUUGCUCAUGCACACCGAACUGUUUAGACUGUAAGUGCCUUUCUAUGCAUCUAAUGUAUCUUUUUAAAUCCUCCUUCAUAAAGGAGCUCUACUUUCUGUGACCAAGGGACACUCGAUGAAAGAACUUCAGUAUUUAUGUACAGUCUAUGCAAACAAACAUGUUUUUUUUCUUAAUUCCAACCAUUGAGCCAUAGUGACUAAGUCAAAACCAAAAGGAAAUUUAUUUAUUUUUGUAUAUGAUGAAAUCCAAAGAAAACAUGUUGCAGAGAUACUUUGCAAUCUGACCCUAAACCUGUGUACUAUUCAUGUAUGAAAAGAAAAAGAAAAAAGCACAAAAGGAACAAUAUUCAGGACUUUUUUUUUUUCAAUAUUCAGGACUUUUAAGGUCUAAACAACAUCAAGAAAAAAGCAACUCACCUGGAUUUUUUAUUAUUAUUAUUAUUUUCUUUUUUUGUACAAUCUUGGGGUACGGGAUACUUUGUGUGUCUUGAUUCUUUGCUUGUCUCCCCCUUUUAUGUGAAAUAGCUGAAACGUAAUGCAUUUCUCUAUGCCUUUUUUUCCCCACUCCCAAGCGAGGGGCGGGGCUCUGUGUGGAUAAAUGCUCAUCCCUUAUGUGACAGCAGCGGUGGCUUAAUCGGCUUUACACCCGGCUUUCAACCACUCUUGAGCUAAAGCUUCCUCUGCAGUGUGACAAAUGUUCCUUAGCUUUCAGCUGUUUUGGAGAUGCACUGAGCAGAGCCCUGUGAUCUCAUGAGUGGGACAUGAUUGCACAUACCCAGCUGAUGACACACUAAUCCCUGUUCACGCCGACUCGCGGGUGUUGGUUUGUGCUUUUGUAGAAACAGAGAGGCAGAGAGGCAGAGAGGCGUACGCCGGGGCUGAAUUGGUGACGAAGGAGUCUGUCAUUGACUGACAGACUUUGUUUCUAUUUUAAUAAUUGAGUGAUGGUCAACAGUGGUCAGAGGCCUUGUUGUGGACGCUUCCUUAGAUUCCAGGGGCUGCAUGAUGGAGCACUGAGUAACACUAAACCUCUCCCUCCCUCACUAUAUUAAUUUGUUUCUUCUGUAAGGAAGACUAUUUGGUUUUAAUAAUGGGACUCUGUGCUAUUUUUUACUCAGUCUAAUAAUUUCAUGAGUGUUCUCAUUAGCGAUGCAAAUCUUUCGAUUCCAAUUUUUUCAUGGUCACGAUUCAAUUCAGAAGUGUUUUUUUUAAAAACGGAAACCAGUUUUCUCCACUCAAACGCUCCGGAAAUUGUAUUUAAAUGAUUUGCAUGAUAAGAGAAACAGAUUUAUUUAAAGCAAUUCUUUAAUAUUCCAUACUGCAUCAAAUCUAAUCAGUUUACAUUCACACUAAAAUUCUGCAACAUAAAUUACCAGCAUUAGGUUAGCUUAGCUGCGUGGUUUUUCUGAAAUAAAAAAAAAAAAAGAUCAGAGAAUUAUUCUAUUAAAUUUAAAUUUAAAACGCAUUUUAAAAUCAAUUUUUGAGCAUUUUGAUUUAAUCCAGAAUUUCCAGGACUAGGAAUUGUGACUCUUUAUAGAAUCAUUUCCCCCCCCCCCUGCACCUCUAACUCUCAUGCUGGCCGAUGGCUUCUCAUCCCUCUCAUUUUUCGGCAUUGCUGUGGCCCCUUGCCUUAUAAGCACUCUACCAACUUAGAGGGACGAUAUUCCCCUUCGCACACAGCAGGCUGCUAAUCUGUCAGCAACAGGAUCAGAAGAAAGCAGCCUGUUGUGACUCUUCCCUGAACAAGCCGGUGGGGUGAACAAGCUCUCCCCCAGCUGCUGUCCUCCAGUAAAUCCCUGUGAAAUCCCACUUUCUCCUGGACAAUUCGCACUUGCUCGCCGGCAUGAUGUCCCAUUUCACGCCUGCCAUCUCACUCCUCUGAUCCACUGUAAAACGUUACAUCCGAGCCCCAAGUGUCUCCUCUUGCCUCUCUGCCUCCUCCCCCCCCCCCCCCCCCCCCCCCCCCCCAGCCAGCCCCGCUCAAGCCAAAGUUUUGAGAUAAAAACUUAUUUCCUUACCGAGGAAUUCUUCCAACUUGAAAACACAAAGAGCACUUAAAAAAAAAAAAAAGUUGUGUUUUGAAGGCACUUUUCUUUUUUCUUUGUCUGCAAUUUUUUCCACCAAAGAAUAUGUCGGCCUUUUUUUUUUUUUUCUUUCUAUUUAUAGCUAGUUCUUGAUUUAGAUUAGGGAGAAAAAAAUAAAUAAAAUUGACCACUAUAGUGCCAACGCCAACCUCUGGAGGUGAAUGUGAAGACUAAAGCCAUAAAUACACUGUGACAGAAGUAGUUAUUCUGAAAGCCUUAAAGUAAAAAAAAAAAAAAAGUGCCUCACUUUUGUGAAUGUUUUUUUUUUUUUUUUUUUUCAAAUGUAAAAAUAAUUUAAGGGCGUCUCUUCCAGUAGCAUAUGAUCAUAUCGAGCAUGCUUUAUCUUGUGACGUUCUGUUCUUGUCUUCUUUUUGAUUUGUGGCGCAUGUUAAAAAAGAAAGGAAAAAAAAAAACACAACAAAAAGACUGGUGCUUACCUCAGGACUGAACCCAGCUAAGAUUUUGUAAACCUUAGCCCAAAAAUAUCGGCCUCACCACCCCCAUGACAAAUACACCUAUUUCUUUACUAAUGGGGAAGCAGUCCCUGUUUUUAAACCUGUGGUUUUUCUUCGUGUGUUUGAACAUUACCUUUCCUAUUAUAGUUUUAUGGGUGAAGAGAUGACAUGUGUUGUUAUGUUUUGCUUUUCAUAUAUAGUUUCUGUCGUCCUCAAAGAGGCGCUUCGUUUUACUCUUACACCAUUAGAGGCUGUAAAUGUUUGUGAUUUUUAAUAACUGGGUAUACACGGUUUGCGUUUUUAUGUUUUGAAAUUUUCUUUAGCCACAUGUACGGCGAUAUCUAGGUGACAAGUGCUGUGUUUUGAAAUAUCUCCCCCACCCACAACGACGUGAUGUGAUGCCUCAUCAGCACUUCCUCAAACAGACCGGCAGUAUCUCGGAAACUAACCUCACGUCGCUCUGCCCCCUUUUUCCCCUGAAGAUGUUGAACUCUUGACACCGGCCAGACAGAGGUCGCGCUCGCGCAGAGGAAGUCGGCUUGUUCGUUCUCGGCCGCCUGGUGCCUUCAGCUGAGCUCCGUGACCAAAAAGUCUAAAACAACUGCUCGCAGGGCUCUCGCUGGCAGAGAAAAAACAACACAAAGCAAAAAAA